GGCCGUCGUGUGCGGUUCCGGGGUGCAGCGCGCCCGCGGCCUCCCUUCCCCGCCCCCGAGAAGCAGGCCCGGGGGCGGCCCGGAGGCCCUGACCUCUGCGAAACCCACCCUCGCCCAGGACCCUCAGCCCGUCCUUUGGCCCACGGGGCGGUGGGUGGAGGGCCGUCCGUCCCUUCGGCUCGCCGCCGCCCGCCGCAGGCUCCCCGCCAUGGACGCCUUCUCCGAGCCCGGGAGCUUCAUCUACACUCACUCGGCGACUCUGUGGCGGAACCGAUUUUACAUCUACUCCUGCGUGGCCCUGGGCCUCAGUCUCUGGUUCUUCUUCCGGCUUGUCAGCAGAAAGCGGGGUGACCAGUCUCGGAGAAAAGCGGCCCCCGCACGGGGAUCCGAGGCCACGCUACCCAAUGGCCUCGCGCCCCUCCGAAACCCGGACGAUCGCGUUGCUGCGGUGAGGAUUUUCUACGGCUCCCAGACGGGCACGGCGAAGGGAUUUGCCACGAUCCUCGCCGGAGCAGCGGCCGCCCUGCCCUCCCCCGUGGACGUGGUCGAUCUCCGAGACUACGAUCCCGAGGAUCGGCUGGUGGGCGAGGCAGCCAACGGGAACGUGUGCGUCUUCCUGCUGGCUACCUACGCCGACGGGCGGCCGCCCGAGAACGCCACCUGGUUCUGCAAGUGGCUGGAGGAGGCGGCGCACGACUUCAGGGUCGGCCGGACCUACCUGAAGGACCUGAACUACGCCGUGUUCGGACUGGGAGACUCCCUGUACGCCCGGGACUUCAACACGGUCGGCCGGAGGGUGGACAGGUGGCUGCGGAUGCUGGGCGCCCGGCGCCUCCUGCCCCGCGGGGAGGGGGACGGCAACGUUGCGCGGAGCGCGCGCGGCAGCCUGGAGGCCGACUUCGACGCCUGGAGGGCCGGGUUCCUGGCGCGCUUGCGGGCCCUGCGCCGGGGAGAACCCGGGGAGGGCCGGCGCACGUCGUGGAGAACGGCGGGCUUGGACGGCGGGCCCCCCUCGGAUGCCCAGGUACCUGCAGGCGGGGGCGGCUGGGGCGCGACCCCCGGGAGGGAGUCGGGGAGAGCGGGGCGAGGCAAGCCCCGAGGUCCGGUCUCCCCCGGGGUCGGGCUCCGGCCGGCGCGGCCUCUCCCCGUCCCCGGCGCCCCGGGCCCCGCCCCCUCCGGCCCGAUCCCAAGCCACCCGAGGCGGGGUGGGUGCCGGGGGGGGGGGGCGGGGUCCGGCCGGGCCUCUGCCGGCGGCACAGCGUCGCUCCUCUCUCUCGGCGUCCGGGACGGGGAGGAGCCGGCCGGGAGCGUCGGCGAGGACGAGGAGUCGGGGACGGAGGAGGCCCCGGUUCCCGGCGCGGUGGUGGACGUCGAGGACCUGGGCGGCGUCGUGGCGGCCGUGAAGACGGCCAAGGGAGGACGGGAGCGGGGCGAAGGCGGCGAGCCCCGGGCGAUGAUCACGCCGGCCCUCCGAGAUGCCCUGACCAAGCAAGGUUACCGGCUGCUCGGGAGUCACUCCGGGGUGAAGCUGUGCCGCUGGACCAAGGCCAUGCUCCGGGGGCGAGGGGGCUGCUACAAGCACACCUUCUACGGGAUCGAAAGCCACCGCUGCAUGGAGACCACCCCCAGCCUGGCCUGUGCCAACAAGUGUGUCUUCUGCUGGAGGCAUCACGCCAACCCGGUGGGCACCAGAUGGCGGUGGAGGAUGGACCGGCCCGAGACCAUCUUGCAGGAGGCCAUCGAAAGCCAUCAGAGCAUGAUCAGACAGUUUAAAGGCGUGCCGGGCGUGCGGGCGGAUCGCUUUGCCGAAGGGAUGGCGGUGAAGCACUGUGCCCUGUCGCUGGUGGGAGAGCCCAUCAUGUACCCGGAGAUCAACCGCUUCCUGCAGCUCCUCCACCAGCGCGGAAUCUCCAGCUUCCUGGUCACCAACGCCCAGUUUCCGGCGGAGAUCCGGACCCUGGGGCCGGUGACGCAGUUGUACGUCAGCGUGGACGCCGGCACCGAGGCGGCCCUGAAGAGGGUGGACCGGCCGCUCUUCAAGGACUUCUGGCGACGGUUCCUGGACAGUUUGAGAGCUUUGGCCGCAAAGCCCCAGCGCACCGUGUACCGCUUGACGCUGGUCAAAGCGUGGAACGUGGAUGAGCUCCGAGCCUACGCCGACCUGGUCUCGCUUGGGGAGCCAGACUUCAUCGAGGUCAAGGGUGUGACAUACUGCGGGGAGAGCUCGGCCAGCAGCCUCACCAUGGCCAACGUGCCGUGGCACGAAGAGGUGCUCCACUUUGUCCGGGAGCUGGCGUCGCUGCUCCCCAACUAUGACAUCGCUAGUGAGCACGAGCACUCCAACUGCCUCCUGCUAGCCCACACGAAGUACAAGAUCGGGGGCGAGUGGUGGACGUGGAUCGACUACGACCGUUUCCAGCAGCUGGUUCGGAAGCACGAGCUCAGCGGGGGCACCGAGACCUUUACGGCAGCCGACUACGUGGCCAAGACCCCGCCCUGGGCAGUGUUCGGAGCCAAGGAGAGAGGCUUUGACCCCAGAGACAUACGCUUCCAGAGGAAGAACAAGGCCAAGGAGGCCUCUGGGUGCUGAACCGGUGGGCCGGCGGGGGGACGAGGGAAGCUGCGCCGGGGUCCUGGACAGACUGACCAGGACCAAGGCGGAACAAGAAGCUUCACAGCGAGCUGCCUUGGCAUCCCCUCAUCUGAGCGGGGGGAGGGGGUGACCCGUGCGGCCGCCGUUCUGGGGUCCUGGCCGCCCCUGCCCGAGAAGAAACAGAAGGGAAGCGCCGGCCAGACCUCGCGACCCCUCCCCGGCUGACCUGCGCUCGGCACGACGGCCCGGGCACUCCCUCUGAACCUCUGGGGCCGCGCUGGGCUAGGCUGAGGCCGGGGGCUGCCCCAUCUGACCUCCGGUCAAGACCGUGGGCCGAGGGGUGGCCCGGAGCCAGCGGCGCCUUUCUGCGCGAGGGCCGGGUGAACGCCGAAAGGCCGCUGCGUGGCCGACUAAACCCCCUCCCCGAGGGGAGCGCUCCGCACCCUGCCGGGGCCAUCGCGGGGCCGGCCACACCGCUGGGGUUGCGGCCAGGGUGGCCCAGCCACCAGUGCCACCUCAGGCCUGUUUCCUCGGGGCGGGCACGGAGGCAGGUCUCAUCAGUGCCCCUAGGAGCAGACCCCCUCGGAGCUCUGGGGGGGUGCCGGCAGUGAAAGUCGUCACCCUCGUUCAACCUGCUUCUUUCCUCCAGCAGCACUCAGGGCAGAAGGGCUGGCCCCGGGCCUUUCCUUCUUCUGGGUCCGGGAAAGGGACCCCUCUUUCACAAGGGCAGAAAAUAAAGAGAUUUGAGUUGUA